AGAUAGGCCUAGGAGGCGAUUAGGCAGACAAUCGGGAACGAAAUAAACGGAGAUGCGCAACGGAGCCGUGCGCGCCUGCGUGUGCGACGGGAUUGUCGGGUGAGGUUCGGCUCGUAGGGACUCUUGGCGGGGUGCGGGCUGCGCGCUAAAGAACGUCCGGAAGGUGGCGCCGGAGUCGGCUCGAGCGCUGGCAGCGGCGCAUCCGCGGUGCGGCGUUAGUAGCGCUCGCCUUGCGGCGCGUGGGGCUAGGGACGAUGCUCGAGCCGCUGCUAGGAGGCACUCGGGAGGCAGGGAGGGCAUGCGAACGGAGGCACGGUUCAGUGUCGCCAUUGCAGCUCUCCCGUGCAGUCUUCGCCUUCGCGAGCUCUGUGCGCGUGGAGCCGAUUCACCUCGAGCGAAAGCCUUCGCGAGGGCUCAGCGCGUGCCCCCCCGAUGCAGAGACACUGCACCGAGCUCACCGAAAGAUUGUUGCAAUCCCUUGACGAGGAAUACAAUGUUGUCGAUAUGGGAGUUGUUGUGGAUGUCAUCACGGCCCUGGAGAAAACGACCAUCACCAAAGAGGUGCUUGAGAUUACCAGGCUGGGAAAAUAUAUUAACGAACUGCGACGCAAGACAAACAAUGAUAUUUUGGCAAAGAGGGCUAAAGACUUGGUGCGGCGAUGGAGAGAAAUGGUUCUACCGUCUGCUCAUUCUACUCCACAACCCACAGUUGCAGAUACGGCACCACCAGCACUCAAUGGAGCCAACGCUCAAAGUCCAGCUUUAAGAAGUCUUAAACCUCAAAGUCCAGCUUUUAGAGGAUUGAAACCUCAGAGUCCAUUAUUAAAAACUACAUCAUUGAGUAGAGUAUCGAGUCCAUCAUUAUCAUUACACAGUGAUCAAUCACAUUCACCUGUUGUAUCUCCAAAUAAGCCACCGAUUUCGGCAACAAGCAACCACAGGUUAAAUUCCAGUACUACUCAAGUUGACGUGAAAUCUAGUAAUCAGAAUCAUUUGCUAGAAGCUGUACCGCGAACUCACAGUUCCAACAAACGAUUACGAAAAGACAAUCCAAUUGUUUUGGAAGUUGAGCCUGCAAAUAAACGACAGCGUCUCAAUGGUGAGACCUUGAGUGGUAGUAAUGCAAACUCGCAAGUGCCUAGCCCCACCCUUAAAGAAAGAAACCCAGAACUUAUCGAGCCUUCCUCAAAUACAGAAAGCACCGUUGUGAAGAAACGUGGCCGCAAAAAAGGUAGCAAAUCUAUCAAGAAGCAAAUAUCUAUAGAGGACAGCGUUAAAGAAAAAUUAGCUAGUAUUUCGAGAAAUCCAAAAUUAAAAACCACUCAGGAAUUGCUGGCUGACUUACAAGCCCGAGGUUCUAAUUCAAAUAUUAAUGUUUUACCUAGUCACAGUGUAAAUCCACCGAAUAUCGAAGACAUUCUAAGAACGAAAAAUGAUGGAGAAGUUUGCAAAUAUCUAUCUGGAAAUCAGAAUAAUUUCUUGAAUAAAAGAACCGGAGAUACUAAUUUACAACAAAAACGUACGAAACUAGAAGAAAAUCGUCGAGACUCUCCUCACAAGUAUAUAGAAUCAGACACACUUGAUGAGGAUACAUUGGACUCUGAGAUUCCUCCUGAGAAUAAUCUCAGGUUAACUCGGGAUCUGACAGUGAAGGAAAUACUCGCCAAAUUACCACCGUUAGAUCCUGAUUCGAUAGACUGGGAUGACGCUGAUGAGUGUUGUGACAACAAUGAGAACAAAACUAAUAACAAAUCACAAGAGGUUACCGAAGAAGAUCUCGAAAGGUUGCAUAUAGAAUGUGUAGAAGGUUUAAAUGGAAACUUUCAGCCAAAACUUUCUUCUCCCUUUAAUAAAAGUGAUUCGAUAAAGACUUGUGAGAAUGAAGUGAAACUUGAUAGUGUUAUUGGUUUGCAUAGGCCUUCAGAUAGCCAUAAGGACGAAAUAUUUCGAGAAUGGCAUGAAAUGCUUGCAAGGCCAAGCUUUGAUGGCCAAAUCCUCCACAUAUUGCCUUAUGUUAUCAUCGAUUAGUCAUUAAAAUUCUUUAAUACUGCUCAUGAAACUUCUAUCUUUAUACCAAUUGAGUCACUUUGAUUGCAUUGCAUUCAUUUAUCUUCAUCAAUUAAUCGUUCAUUUGUUACUUCAUGUUUUUCAUAUCAUAUGAUUGUCGUGAUAGCAUUUUUUUUUAUAUUAAAAAUGGGUAUCAUGUUAGGAAAUGUCUUAUCACCAUUGCUACUAUAAAAAAAGAGUUGACUUUUCCUAAUAAUAAUUGUGAUUAUCAAUCAUUAAAGAUAUGUAUUAAUUUUAUUGCAUUAAUAAUUAUAUAUGUUUUUUUGUAUCGGGCCACAGUUGAUUAUUCCAAGGCUUGUUUUAACUCUGUUUCGUACUUGAAAGUAUAAAAAUUAUUAAAAUUAUUGCAAAAAUCAAAGCCAAAAGAAAUUACUUUCAAGUCAGCACUGCAUAUUACAAAUGACUAGGACGCCCGAGCAAGAGAGUAGCACAUACCUAUAUUGUUAGGUCUAUUAAGUUAUUUUUAAACAAAAUCUGUGUAAUGUAAAAAAGAUUUAGAGACACGGAUAUUCUACAAUUGGAUAUUAAACUCUAAAUGGUACCAUAAAAAAUAAAUUUAUUCAUUACAAGUGUACUUUGGAGAUUCAAAACAGUGACUGUACAAAUUUUGUUCACUGUUAAAUUCUUAUUGUAAUGUCUAUAUUUGAAAUAUUGUUUUGAUAUGAAAAACUCAAUACUUGUAAUUUGUACAUUUUUCUGCAAUAGUUCUUUACAAAGACAGUUAGUUUAAUAAACCGUUGCUUAAUGAUAAUAAA